CUGUACUGAGGCCAUCUCUCCUGUAUCUGCUGUUGCUGGUGUGAUGCAUCGUGGCGGUGAUGCGGGCCGGCGCGUCCCGCGAGCCGCACGCGGAGAGGAGAGCAAAGAGAGACGACGAGCGAGUACACCUGCGAGCAGCAGCACGAGCCGCGGAUGAUAUAUAAGUAUUGUUGCGAGCCACGCACGGACAGUUCGAGUACACACACUUACACGGGCUUAUCUCUCUGGCUCUCUCGAGUGCGCCGAUUGUGUCAUUGCGAAAAGGAGUUGAGAUUUUUUGGGAUCGAAGAGACGCAAAGUGUUAUAAUCGUAUUGUGUGAUAGCAGUGAUUAACUUUGUGAAGAUUCGAGCUUAAUUCGAAACUGGAGCUUUCGAUCUGUAUUGGCUCUCUCGAGUAUCGAUUUUAUUUUCGUCCAAGUGCGGAUUACCAAUGAGGAAAUCAAUCAUAAUCUGCCUCGCCUUCGCCGUACUGUCGCUUGCCCUCGACCGAUCGACAGCCAGCAGCAGCAGCAGCAGCAGCAGCAGCGAAUCGAUCGGCAAUAACGACGACGCAAUCGGCAGCUCUUCCGGCAGUCCGGACAGCCGACUGGAGCGCGUCCACGUGAAACAGGAGACCGGAUUCGACGGCAAGGUGCACUCGAUACGCUUCAGUCUCGAUCCCGUCGAGGCGGACACGCGCCUGAACGAGAGACAGCCGAGGCUGCAGUCGACGGCCACGAUGGAUGCUACUACUUUCGGCCGACAAUCGAAGAGACCGGCCAGGUUGACGGACAUCUCGGAAAAACGGAUUAACGCCUUCGAUGACGCAUCGUUAUCCAGGGCAUCGGAGCCGAAAUCCAAGCGUUCCCUCGACCAACGAGCCCCAACUGUCAACAACAACAACAACAACAACAACAAUGAUUUUCACGACCUCGACGUGGCCGAGUCCAAAGUCUUUCGGCCGCUGUUCGUCUACCGUCAGCAGGUGGCGAGGCGCUUGAAAGCUCGCAACGACAGGCGCGACCGAGCCUCCAAGCGAUCGUCGAAGAAUGAUCAACCGCAGACGCCGCAGAGCCAGAGAAGAGCCAGGCCGAGCAUUUACAAUUAUUACUAUCCGAAUUCGUACUUUCCGUAUACUUACUAGGAUUGAUUUAAUUGAUUGAUUGAUCAUUGCACCUUUAGGAUUUGUUUAGUCAUUAAGUCGACUUUUUUUUUUACUAUACGUGUGUAUUAUAAAUGUAUUCUAGUAAAAUAUUUGAAUUUGUGGUUAAAAUAUGUGUACUUGUAAUUUAAGCUUACGAAUUAUAAUAUUAUUUUUUAACUUUAUUUAAUAAAAAAAAAUAAUAAUAACAUAGUAUUAAAGUUA